AGCCCCCGCCGCCAUUUUGGUGGGACCCACGGGGACGGCUGACGCCAUCAGCCGGCGCCCGGUCGUCGGGGCGGCCAUGGCGGCGGCGCUGGGGCCGGAGGCGGAGGGAUGGCGGCGGCUGCUCCGCGCCGUGACCCGCCUGCAGGCCUGCGUCAGGGGUUACCUGCUGCGGAAGCGGUUUCGGAGCCUGCGGGAAGAGUACGAGGAGGUGGUGCGGGAGAUCGAAGGAGACCUGAGCCGGCUGGAGUGGAGGGGACGGUUCCUGCCGCGGCCCCUGUUUGUCCCCGAGGUCCGUGCGUCAGGACGAGCGGGGGCUUCUGCAGCCCCCUCUGAGGGGGGGAGCAGCACGAAGCCAGCACAAGGGAAGCGUUCAGGUCCGUUGGAGGCUGUACCGAGUGACGAGGCCAGUGCAGAAAAACCCCAGGAGGAGGUGGACGCCUCGGAACCAGAACAUGACCGGGACUGCAGCAGUGUGAAACCUAGAGCUCAGCUGGAAAGCCAGAAAGAACUGAGCUCCACGGGUGAAGGCGAUGCAGCAAACCCCCCAAAUCCCAGGGCUGAUGCCGAUAAAUGUACUGAAAAGGAGUGCGCUGCCCCAGCAGAGAGCGAGGACUGGCAGAAUGACAGCAACGUAUCCUCUGUGUGGGACAGCACUGUCCUGGAGGCAGAGUCCUUCGAAAGCUGUCUGGAAAUUCCACUCGAGGACUUGAAGGACCUUCCUCGAACUCGGUCUGGUCUCCAGUCCUACAGAAAUCACUUGAUCAUGGAGUUGCUGUGGUUGCAACAAGCUAUUGUCAGCCGUAAAAACUACUUGAUGCUGAAACAGAGGCUGGGGACUCCUGACCCGUAGGAGGGCAUUCCCAAGCACGAGGGGCACUUGUAUUGGUGUGGAGAAGCAGUGGAGCUGCGACACCGCAGUCGUGAUGUGACUUCAUGGACAGCAGCAGCUUAGGGGAACUCCAGCUCUGUGGGUUGAUGUCUUGCACUUCAGAUGAAUGUGGCAAGAAAGCCUUUUAUUUCUUUUAAAUGUGAAUAUUUGGUCAAAACAGGGAUUAAACACCACUGUGAAGCCAGGGAGGUGGUUGUGUGUCCUGGAGGGAGUCCCAGUGAGGGCUUCUUCCCCAAGAACCCUAUUUCUGUUGGCUGAGCUGGACCGUCCUAGGGGAAAAUCGAGGCUAGGAAGACUGUCACUUACAGAAGGUGCUUUCUGACCAGCUGAUUGCAUGUGGUGGAACUAAAAUGCCUGAAGGCAGCAGGUGCUUUGAACCUGCAGGAACAAGCUCUUCUCCACCAAACUUUGUGUGACCCGUACCAGUAUCUGAGCUGUGUAUUUGGGAUGGCUCCGCACGUCACAGCUCUGCAAUAUCUGGGAUCUCCAAGCAGUCCUGGUAGGCUUCAGGGAACACCUAGCUGAAGUGCUAAGUUAGGAGGAGAGUUUCCUAACUUUCCUGUGCAGUUGGUGGGGAGCGAUGGCACAUCACACCCGACCUUCGGGAGAUGAGGCUUGGUUCCUGACUUGCACAUCUCUGGCCAUGGUGAUAUCUCUCUGUGUGGCAGAGUCACCUGGACUGGUGCUUGAGGGAGCAAGUAAGGACUUAACAGGGUUUAGCACUUUGUCUAUACAUUGCUCUAGUUCAGGGGCAUUCGAGGUCCCUCAGAAAGGGACUGGUGCUGUGGUUCCCUACUGGGACCCCGAGUCUUCUGUGCAAACACUCUGCAUUCCUGCUGACUGAAUGGUCACUCUUGCCAUACGGCAGAUGUAUCUUUCUGUUCCUGAUGAUGCCGACUUGUUUGUGAAUAAAAAGCUUUCCUGA